ACGAUAUCCCGUCAUCCACGGCGUCCUCCACAACGCGGCGAGCAUCGAUGGCGAUUUCACAGGCAGGAAAGAACUGAGCAACGAAGGGCACGAGAUGACGCUGGCCGUGAACGCCAUGGCGCCGUUCCUGCUCACCUCGAUGCUGAUGCCGUGCCUCGAGAGGAGCGGCGCUGGUCGCUUCGUGUUCUCCGCCACGGAGUACCUGGGCGACGGCAAAGGCCUGAGGGACAUCGAGUCCGUCACGAGAAGAUGGCGGGGGAUGGAGCAGUACACCUCGACCAAGCUGAUGAACGUCAUGAUGGCAGCCGAGAUGCACGAGAGGUACGGCGACGCUCCGCGCCUGGCCUUCCACUCCAUCAACCCUGGCGUGGUGGACACGAAGGUCUAUCGCCAGGGUGCCGCUUUUGGCGUCGGACCGAAGGCCAACCGCGCCUGGAUGGAACCGAAGCCGCUGUGGCACAGGGGCGAUUAUGGCGACGAGUGGCAGACGGGGUUCUACCGCAGGAAAGAGAAGGUUCCAGCCUCGGCGCGCCAGUUCAAGAGUGGCACGGUCAAGCGCCCGAGUGCCUCGCAAGAGUCGUUCCGCGCGCUGACGCACCCGAGCUUCCAGGAGCGCAGCGGCACCAGCCCGAAGACCACGCCGGACUUGGCCUUCAAGAAGAAGAGGAGGAGAAGGCUGUGGGACGAGCUCGUGCAGCUCACCGGCGCCGAAUGGCCCGAGCCAAGGGGCGGUGGGGCACGACAGGAGCUGGCCGCGCCCGGCGAGGGCCAGGAGGCGCUGGCGCUCGCCUACGGCGAGUCGGAGGAGGAGAGCGACGGCAAGAAGAUCCGGCCCGGUGACGUGGAGGGGUCCCCGGGGGGGCAGCGCGAGUGA